AUGGCUGGGUUGGAGCGGCAGUUGGAAGCACUCAGGAGUAUAGCGGAGGCAAAGAGUGCGAUAGAUUGUAGUUUCAAAGAGCAACCUCUGGCUGCUUACCGUCUCCCUUCAGAAUAUUCUUUAUCUGCUCAGAGACAUCCUCUAUUGCUACAAGUGCCUGGGCAUGUUGGAAAUCGCCUGGAAGCGAAGUUAGACAAACCUGCUAUAGUCCACUGGCUGUGCAUGAGGAAAAGUAACUACUACUUCACAUUGUGGCUCAACCUGAAUAUGUUCCUGCCCAUCGGAAUUGACUGCUGGAUAGAUAAUAUCAGACUUGUUUACAACAGGACAACAAGGAGGAGUUCCAAUUCCCCUGGGGUAGAGAUCCGAGUGCCUGGUUUCGGGAAGACUUAUUCUGUGGAAUAUCUGGAUCCAUUUAAACUAGCAGGGUACUUGCACACGUUGGUGCAGUUCUUGGUAAACACAGGCUACAUUCGUGAUGACACUGUGCGAGCAGCCCCCUAUGAUUGGAGAGUUGCAGCACACGAACAAGAAGAAUAUUUUGACAAAUUGAAGCAAUUGAUUGAGGAAAUGUACACAGCACACAACAAGCCUGUUUACCUGCUGGGCCACAGCAUGGGGAAUCUAUACAUCUUAUACUUCCUGAAAGAACAGUCCCAGGAAUGGAAAGACAAAUUCAUUAAUGGAUUAAUUUCACUCGGAGCUCCAUGGGGUGGAACAGUGAAAUCUCUCGCUGUGCUUGCCUCAGGGGACAACUAUGGCCUCGCUCUUGACCUCAUGAAGAUACGGCAGCAGCAACGGACAACAACAACGAACCCUUGGCUACUUCCUACCUCACAAGCCUGGCCUGCAGAUCAUGUCUUCAUCUCCACCCCAAGCUACAAUUACACAUACAAAGACUACAGGAAAUUCUUCACUGACAUAGGAUAUGAAGAUGGCUGGUUCAAAUGGCAACACAGCAAAAGUUUUCUGACUGACCUGCCUCCUCCAGGGGUGGAAUUGUAUUGUAUGUAUGGAACAGAAGUUCCAACACCAAUGACUUAUGUGUACGAUGAAAAUUUUCCUUCCAACCAGCCAGUACAGAUUAUCUACGGAAGUGGUGACAACACAGUGAAUAAGAGAAGCUUGUCUCUGUGUGGACAAUGGAAGGACCAGCAAAAGCACAAAAUUCAUGUUAUAGAACUUCGUAACAAACAUCAUUUUGAGACAAUUUAUGACACUGACGCUUUACAAAUGAUUCAAGAUAUAUUGUUAGGAAAUUAUUCUGAACACUAA